AUGUUGAAGAAAACGCAAGGCUUGGUCGACGUGGACGCGUCGCGCAUUCUUGUGAAGGGGCCCGAAUUUUUGAGGAGACAGAUGGAGCGAGAAAGCGAGGCGAAUAAAGGACGCGUCAGUGCGGUGGAGAGGCUGGCAGCCACUAAACCUCAAUAUGUAAAAAGCCAACAAGUGGUCGGUUCCACUCCGGUUAUCAGCAUCGGGUCUGCCUCCGUGAGCAGCCGAGGGUCUUCAAACGGGCACGGUUCCGUUAAUAACGCCGCUCGUGCUGAUGUUGAGGCUAUACAGUCGCCUGAAGAAGAUAGUAAUGUGGUGAGACGGAGCAGCUCGAAGAAACGAGACUCGAUUUUAUUAUACAGACAGAAGUGUGAACUCUUGAGAGGAUCGCCUGGCGGGAGUAGGAGAUUAAUUAAAAAGUCGUUAUUCGCUAUUAAAGACAAGACAAACGCGUUUUCUGAGGCGCGCGGUGGUGAAUGCGCCACACGCAGGGACUGCGGGAAAGAGGCCCCUCGGGUAAAUUUACCCAUCUCAAACGGCCACUCGGGUGAGACAAACGAUUUGCCGAGAGGACCUCCUCACAGGAUAGUCGCAGAAACCCAGGAGCAGGAGCGCAAGAGCCGGAGGGGGGUGGCGCGCUCCAGCUCUGACAUCAGUUCGCGCUACUCGAAAAACUUCGCGGACUUCGACGCGUUCUUCAAAUACUGCGGCCUCGAGGGUGACGUCAUCGAGUCCCUGGGCAGAGAGAAGUUCUCCGCGCGCUCGGACAACCUCAGCUCCAAAAUCCUGAGCAUCAGCGUCUCGACGUCAGACGACGGAUUCUCCAGGAGCAGCGACGGCCUGCACGAGGAGGAAUUGCAGGAGACCGUGCGUCAAGGGUCAUCAGUUGUCGAGCGCAACGCUCGGAUCAUCAAGUGGCUCUACAGUUGCAGAAAUGCCGCGGAGUCGGGAAAGACGCUUCGAGAUCUGGAUUAA